AUGUCUGGUGAUCCUGCAAACGGUGUACUAGUGCUUCGGCCAUUGACGGGUAAGAAGGAUGAGCUUGAUAAAUUUUUAGCCAAAAACCUCAGGGAUAUCCGAAAUGUGCCUGGAGUUGUUAUUGCCUAUCAUUUCUGGGUGGAGGAAAAGGGUCAAUUUAUAGUUAUUGAGAGUUUCGAGUCCACUGAAGCCAUGUUCAAGUAUGGGAAUAGCGAAUAUCAUGAACGGAUGGUGUCAGACAUCGUUAAAUUAGUCGAGACACCUAUGGAAGCAUUCAGUGACCAAGGUUCUACUGAAGAACUGCAAGGAUUCCGCCGGACAGCACAGGCUGCGCAUAUUGGUGUCUGA